UAAAUGCAGGAAAUUGAAGCUAAAAAAUAAUUAAAAGCAAGUGAAGGAGCUCACUUCUUUUACACUUUGAUCUUUCUUAGUGCAUCAGGCAUAAUAGAGACAUAAUUUAUUGAUCAGAAAUGUAAUUAGAAUUUAGCUUUAUUUAUACAUUUGGUUUUCUAUGGAUUAAUAAUUUGGGGAACUUAUAUUUUGAUAACAUUAAUACCUAGGUUAAUAGUUUUAUUUAUAUAGAUAUAAAAAUCCUGCAAUAAACUUGUUCUUCAAUUUCUUAGACAUCUGUUUUGCAAUUUACAUAACCUUUUUGUUAAUUUAUGGAUACAAACUUUAUUCAUAAUAAAAUGAUUGUGCAGUUGAAGCUCCUGUACUUUAUUUCUUUUUAGAAGUAUUUAUGCUGGUAUAAUAUCAUUAAUGAAUUAGGUUAAUGGGAUUAUAUUCAUCAUUUUGGGUCUAGCCUUUAUUUCUUACAUCUUGAAGAGAUUCUCCAAACAUUAAUAGUCAUAAGUUUAAGGGGAGGAUGAAUACUUAGAUGCAUGAUUUAAAUACAUAAUGAUAAUCAUAAUGAUAAUAUAAUAAUAAUAAU